AUGAAGGCAAUUUCGCGCUCCAAGUCCGACUCCAACUCCAAGCUCUCUGAAGAAGUUCAGGACACAUUGGCAAAGGCCAAAGCCAGAUCCAAAGCACGAGAUUCCGAAGAACGCCAGAGGACUCCGACCUUUGACCCAGCGGCUGAAGUCGGGGUCACUGAGCCAUUGGGAUUCUUCGAUCCGGCUGGUUUUUGCUCCAAAAUUGACAAGAUCAAAUUCCGUCAAUACCGCACCUCCGAGCUGAAGCAUGGCCGCAUCGCUAUGCUGGCAGCUGUAGGCCUUAUUGGGCAGCACUAUCUGCGUUUUCCUUUUGCCGUGUUCGACGAGCUUCCCAAUGGUGUUGGUGCAGUGUACGAAGUGCCCGGACAGAUUGGCCUCUUCACCCUCUUCGGGGUUGCGCUGCUUCCAGAGUUCAGCACGCCAGACGCAUCCAGAGAGGUUGGCGACUUUGGAGAUCCGCUUGGUUUCCAGCAGUUGACCUUCGGCUCCGACCUCCGAGACUUGCGAAAUCGAGAGCUGAACAACGGAAGGUUUGCCAUGUUUGCUACUAUUGGUAUUGUGGCAGCAGAGUUGGCAACAGGCAAAGAUGCAGUGGAGCAGCUUGGCUUUAAGUGA